UGUCAAGUUUGGUCAUGUUCGGGCAUUUCUGUGGCACACAGUCCCAAUGCACACCCUUAUUUCCCGGCCGCAGUAAAGCUCAUCUGUCAGGACUUGGGCUUUGGAACGGAAGGGUUUGAGGUUAGGGUUGGAGGACCGCUGCGGACAAGAAAAAAAGGCAACUCGACUUUGCAGCGGGGGCCUGUUUGCUCCCUGACGGCAGUCAAGGUCAAAUAAAAAUACGACUCCUGUCCGACUCAUCGAAUGCUGCCAUCUCUGUCGUUGCUUCUCUUUAUCCGUGUAUACACAACAUCUUUCCCACAUGAUAUUUGGUCGGCGUCUAUUAUGUAAACGCAUCAGGGCCACAAGCACGCAUUCGCUUCGCUUACGUGCUCCCAGACAUGAGAUUCCAAACAUGGAGCCGACGAGUGCCAUCAGGAGAAAAGCCGUAGCCCGUCAACAUACGGCCGAAGUCAUGAUCGCUGGAGAACAACUCAGGUACGAUGGAAAGUGCGGCCACGGCGCCGAGGCGUGUCCAAAUGAGACUGGGUGGUGUGAACUUCCUUCAAGGUUGAGGCUUCACGAUGGAAAACUGAUCAAGGACAGACGGUACCACCUACGGACAUACCCCAACUGCUUUGUAGCGGAGGAGCUCAUCGACUGGCUGGUGAACCACGAGGAGGCACCGGAUCGGGCAACGGCCGUCCGUCUGAUGCAGCACCUCAUGGACCGGGACGUUGUUCACCACGUUUGUGAUAAGAGGUCUGAAUUCAAGGAUGCCAAACUGCUUUAUCGUUUCCGCAAAGACGACGGCACAUUUCCCUUCAACAAAGAAGUGAAACUCUUCAUGAGAGGACAACGACUGUAUGAACACCUUAGCGGGGACAAGAGCUCCAUUCUGCAGCAGCGAGAGGAGUGCGGCGUUGUGUAUCAGCGCUCCUUUCCUGGCUGCCAGCUGAUUGAUUGGCUGCUUCAAAACGGAGAGGCAGCGAGCCGGUGCCAGGGCCUGGAGCUGUGCUGCGCUUUACAAGAGCACGGCAUCAUGCAGCACGUGGCCCAGAAACACGAUUUCUUUGACAGCGGACUCCACUAUCAGUUCUGCAUCAAUUUCCGGCGCAGACGACGCUUGUCCGAACUGCUGGGUGAACGGGAGCGGGAUGGUGAUCACGGCGCAGUGUGGUCAACAGGAGAAGACAGCCACCCUGACCGCGCAUUGGUUCCGCUCGAAAAUGCAGCCCGGGAGGCUGCCGCUGGUUUCCGGUCAGCGGGAGCCAGUCCAGACCUGAAACACGUGAGUGCCGGCCGACGAGGCAGCUUGGAUUCCCCUCCGCUUGACUCGGCAGGAUUGGGUCCAAUUGUUCGUCUGUCUUCGACCCCGGUCAUUCGAAGCAAUCCAAAAUCAGUUCUGAAAAGACAUUUUACUUGUGAAGAGUUGCUGGCACCAGGAGCACACUUCACCAAGAGAGUGUUGACGGUGACAAGUGACGCACUCGGCUGGGGUUUUGUCAUUCGAGGCGUGGCUCCUUGUUAUGUGCAAGCCGUUGACCCCGGAAGCCCUGCAGCAGCUGCUGGAGUAAAGGGUAUGAAUGUCAUGAACAUAGCAGUGGAAUAAAAAUGACAACAUAUGACUCAGUGAAA